UUCACUGUCCAAAAUAUAAAACUUUGUGGUUACUACAGGUAUAAACACAUCAUCUAUCGAUUCAAUAAUGGACAUUCAUAUUUGACAGUUUCACAGAGCUCUGAAUAUUAUAACCUGCUAGGAGCUUCCAAUUCUCUAUUGACAGUACAAACAAUUGACUUGGACAUAUCUAUACGCCAUCCUUUAAUGUGGACUUGCUAGCAUGAAACAUCAUUCUUAUGCAAUAUUUUAUUCAGAGAUGCAAGACUUCAAACAGCCAGCCAAGCGGCAGCGAUUUACUAGGCCUAAAGGCUAGAUAAUUUCAGGUUGAAGAUAGCGCAUGUAAUGGUGGCAUUUGUUUCUCAAGUUAAGUGGCCACGGACAAUGCAGCCGAGUGACGUUGACUUCAAGCAAUGAUAAAACAUUGGCUGAGUAGAAAAAUGUCCCAGGAUCAUCACACGAAGGGAAAAGGAGAUUGUGUCAUCAAAUGACGAAUACAUAAAGAUUACAGUUAUCUCAAUUAAAUAGACUAUGAAGAGGAAAAAAGUUAUAAUUGUGUUUUUAAUCGCGUGGCUAUUGGAGUCUUUCACUAAUUUGGUGGCUGGGAGUCAGACACUUCAGAUGGCCAUCAAUCCGCUUAUAAUCACUUCAAGUACAAUCUUUCAUGUUUCAGUUAGGGACGCUGCAAAACAGUCCAUAAACUAUAAACUGUAUAAAUUCUCUUUUGGCUCAUGGAACCUCACUACCUUAAAACAGCACGUCAGCUUCCAAUACCAACAGGAGGGGCGUUACAAAGUAAUGGCUUCUGCCCUGUAUAAUUCAACAUGGCUUCCUUGGACUGUAAAGGAGAUUAUGGUUUUUGAUCAUGAAACUGUAAUGGAGAGCAAUUGCACAAUUAGGAUGGAUUAUUUUGGAACAAUUAAAAAUAGUAAUGAUAGUAUUGGCUUUCAGAUCAAUAUUACUUUGAUGAAUUGCUAUGGAGCUGGAGAAUUGAGAAUUACCGAAACUGGUGUUGCUAAAAGCAAAAAGUCAUUGUAUUUCCAACAAGAGUUGGUGUCAUUGGGUAACCAUAGUCAACCAAUUCUGAUAUUUGCAAACGACAGCUGCAAUGUGCUACAAGCACUCGUAAAUUUUACUUCACCCAGAGAAACAAUCAUAAAGAAAAAUAAUAUAACCUCGUUAACAAAUUUAAAAGCAUGUCAAAACUACUCUCCUGGAACAAAUAAUUCAAGUAAUGGAAAUGGUUCUGUUCAAAACAGCACAACAAAUACAAGCAACAGUGCGCAAGAUAGUUUACAAGUUAUUAUCUAUGGUACUCUAAAUCCUAUAGUAGCUGUAUUUUUUGUACUUAUAUUUUUUAUUUAUUUUACCAACGGAGUUCUUGCGUACCGUGGAUACAAGGAUCUUCUCAAGCCGCUGCAAAAUCUAACCAACCCGGAAGACGAGUAUACGUAUGAAGUACAAAUUCAGGUUGGCAGUGGUUUCUCGACACAAUCGUCUCAAUGCAAAGUAAUGUUUACUGCGUUUGGCACUGAUGACGUCAUAGGCCCAGUGAGUCUCCCAGGCUCAUCUUUCGAGCACGAUGGCAUUGCUUCCUUUCUGAUAUCGACGAGCAAAAAGGUUGGCGAUAUCGGUACCAUCGGCCUAUUCUGCUCAAAUAUGGACCCAAGAUCCGACCUGUUUUUGAGAUUGGUCAAAAUUUUUCGGCAUAGUCAAAAGCCGAAUGGGAACCACUGGGGAGAAAAUGACGUCAUCAAAAAAGUCGCUGAAUUUGAUUGCCAUUCGUGGUUCUCACCAACCAUUCGAUCGCAUAGUGUUGGCCAGGUUUUCAACCGAACUGGAGAGCAAUAUGAAAAGUCUCUAUUGGUGGAGUACAUUUCUCGUUGCAGUCAGCUGUUUUUUCAGAAACACAUUCUUACAACUUGGAGAUGCAGUUUUGGCGUGCAGAGCUUCACAAAGGCACAGCGACUGGCAUUUUUCUUCACGAUGUGGUUCUUCCUAAUUUACCUUACUACUUUAUUUAUAGCAAUAACAGGCAUCAAAGACUUGCCGAACGAGGAUCACAUGUAUCAGAUUGGCAUCAUACGUCUCGACAAGAAAACAUCCGAUUUUUCAGUAUCAACUGCUUUUAUGACUUAUUUGGCAGGCUUAGUGUUGUUUCUUGUUGCGAAGACUGUGUACGGAGUAUCUGACAAAGAGGGAUAUGGCAAUCGAAGACAUAUUCAAGUUGAUUCCACUAGAUUGGGUUAUCAAAACGCCAAACAUCAAUUAAUCAAUGACGAGACCGGAAUAAGUAACGACAAAUGCUUACAUACUGCUUCGAAAGAUGCAGAAGAAGCUUAUACAAAUGGCGUUAUUGAAUUUGAUGGCUCUUCCGAACCGAAUGGAACAUCUCAAAUUCUCUCAGAAAACGAAAUGUCUAUGCGAAAUGGAGAUAGAGCUGGAAAUUUAUAUGGGUCAACUCAGCUACCUAUGAGUGUUGAUACAGAGGGCUCAUUCAAAGAAAACUAUGGGCAACCAGACAAUGCUUUGCAUGCAGAAAACGUAGUGCUGGAUGUAGAAAAUUAUUCUGAAGGGAGGAAAAAAACGGUAGCGGUAGAACUAGGCCAAGAAGAACUUAUCGUAGAGAGUAACGGCCACUUGGAAAGGCCUAACGGAAGUGGGAAGAUAAAUGGUGGUUUUAACUACUUGAGUGUCGAUAGCACAAGCUGCUCUGGGAAAGACAGUUUUGAAACGAAUGAGCUAAUGGAAACUGAAAAGGAGAAAGGUCCUGUUGAAGUGCAAUUUUUCAAUAGAGAAACAAUAGUCGUCGGGAAAGAAAACCUUUUAAAAUCGUGUGCUAUCAAAUUUUCAAGUCGCUUGUUCUGGAUAGUUCAUUCAGUUUUUCUGAUGUUCUGCACAUUUCAUACCCUUAUAGUCAGCACCGACUGGAACGCUGACACGUCAUUUCACUGGAUUUCAAUGCAUGUAGUCUCUUUGGUUAUAUCUUGCUUCUUUUUAGACACCGUACGGGUUCUCGGGUAUAUACUUUCAAUUACGCUCAAAGAACGUAAAGAACUCAAAGCUGUUCAAAAAAGAACAACUUUUGAAAAGUAUGCAAAAUUGCUACAGGCUUCAAAGCUAGCAGAGAAAGAGCGGAACUCGUUUUGUCAAAAGGAGUACUCUGAAGACAGAAUGAAGAUCGUGCAAAACUAUUACCGUCUACGGGGAAAAUUUCGCGAGUUAUUCCUGUUUCUAACAUUUGUCAUCGUGCUUUUAAUAAACACGACGUGGACGAUGAACCAAGACUCUUUCAGAUUCUGGGGAAGUUUGAGAAAUUUUGCAUUGAACACGGAUGAACUCGAAAAUAUACAAUCAGCCGGAAACACAGUUGAUCCUGCCGUCAAUUUCUGGACUUGGGCAAACAAGACACUGCCACCUUUGCUAGACGUGAAGAAAAGAGACGUUUCUUUGCAACAGUUGUACCUUUUGGGUCAAGCUAUAAUAUUAACACAACGGCGUGUCAAGAAAGGAAGAUGCAGCCUCCCGAAGCAGAUGGAGCAGCUGGUUGAGGAUUGUAGUGCUGAAUUCCAUAUCGACCAUGAGGACCGGCAGGCCUAUUCGCCAAGGUGGAAACGCUUUGAGCAAGGCACAAAUGCCACUAAUGGAAUUCAAGGUUGGCAAUGGUUAGAAUCUCAGGUACAGGGAAUUGACGCAAAGGGAUACAGGGUGCGAUUCAUGUCAUUCAAUGUAAAUGAGACUAUUAAUCAUCUUAUGAAAACCGCAUGGAUUGAUAGAUAUACCAGGCGCUUGGCACUUCAAAUGCUUGUGUAUAAUCCAUCUGCAAACCUUAUCGCCUCAGUUGAUAUACACUUAUCAUUUUCCAAUAGUGGUUCUAUACAGAUUGUGGAUAAAUUCUUCAACUUCGUCUUCUCGCAAGAGUUAUCGCCUAGACGAGUUGUUACACAUUUAUCGGAAACUACGCUUUUUAUGAUUACAGUUUACUUAAUUUUUGACAUCGUUAGACGCAAAAAGAGAACUUCAAUGUCAUGGCUGUCGGGUUGGCUGAUCCUGCAGAUAAUUGUUAUCGUAUUAUCAAUCGUCGUUAUCUCAAUGACAAUUUAUAGACACCACCUCUUGUACUUAUUGGGUAUCAAGUCUACUAUAUUGGCAAAAGCAGACAUUAUUUUCACCAUAAUGUCAACGUCUGAGGUUUUUGAAUUCCUCCUCGCAAACCUCAGCGCUCUUAGCUUCGUGCUGCUCUUGAAGCCUCUGUUUACUUUGGGCCUAUUUGAUGACAUGUACAUAGCCAUAGUCCGAACUGUCUCUGACCUAAAAGGAAUCGCCACCGAGACAAUCAUAAUAUUGAUAGGUUUUGGAUGCUGGGCAAAUCUUGCGUUUACAUCUGAAAUCAGCAGUUUCUCCACAAUGGACCUAACCUUUGCUACAUUGAUGGACAUGUUGGUUCGCCCAGAUCAGACGGAUCUGUAUGAUGUACCUCUUUACGGGCCACUGUUCGUUUUCGUCUACUUUGCUGUGAUGGUUUUUUUGGUUUCAAAUUUGGUCAUCAGCUCAGUUGAGCAGUCCUACAGCGAGGCGCGAAGGCUGUUUGAUAGCAUGAAAAGAAAGACAGUGUUCAAAGUUUUAAUGAAAAAACUCAAGAAGAAAAAGCUUGGAGCUGCUGCAGCAGCCAAAGAAUAUGAUUUGACAUUGCGCAGUACAAUGUCUAGAAACCCUGCUCAUGUAUCCAGUAAAAAUACAGAAAAUAACAAAACUGAGGCGACAUUAGGAUCUGAGGAUUUUGCGGAUGGAACAAGCGGGUAUUUUGAAAAGCAAGAGAGCAAUAAGCAAGAGGAAUUGCCCGACCAAACAGACGUGUUACUUGCAGCGAUCAACAGAAUUGAACAAGUUGUCUGGAGAAAAGUUAUCUUUGAGCAUGCGUCAGAUAACCUUUUAGUGGCUGCAUUUGUAAGCCAAUGGGACAGACACGUACUGAAAAAGCCCCCUUUGGACGUGACAAGUAUUUACAAACCAUUGAUAAGAAAACCAAGAACUGACUUGAAAAUAUCAAAAUCUAAGGCGCUUUUAAGAGAAAAUCCAGGGAAGAACAGCGUUUAUAAGAUAAAUAGCAAGGCAUUUUCAAACGAUAUGUGUUAGAUGGUGUAUUUUAUAUAUAAAUGAAAACGAGGCUGAAUAGACAAAUGUCGGAGGUAGAAAAAAGAAAGGAUCAAUACUUGUGGUUACGAUCUCGUGUGAAUAUAUUUCUAGGCGAGAGAUUGUGAUUCAUGAUAUCAAUGGAUAGAGUCAAUUUUUUACAACCAAUAUUUUUAAGAAAUAUAGGUUAUUGCUAUGUGAAGGAAAUUAUUUAUAUAUAAAUUUUUUACACAUAAUUAAUAAUUAUGAAACAAAAGUUCUAUUGAGUUGUAGAAGGAGCUAGGAAAGAAGGUUUAUCGCUGUAUAAGAGCUAUCUACCUGAAUGUGAGAUAAACUAAAAAACCAGAUUUGUUGCUAGUUGUUUUGUAUGUAGAGGCUAUGUGUAAGGCGAAAGAAGCCAGUAUAAUCAUUUUUCAUUGUCUUGUUCAAUUGGGAUUAUAAGACUUACAUUUCAAAGUUUUUUUGUGAUACUAAGUUGUUCAUUAGGUAUUUCUCAAACUCAACUAUGGGAAGUCUUUUAAAAGCUGUAGCUCUCCAGCUAAUGUGUCUUGAAAAUAUUACAGAAUUCCUUAAGCAUGAUAAGGAAUGACCGAUUAAGCAAAGGGUUUCAAAUUAUAUGAAUCUUUUUAAAUUGGUUACAAAAAAGACCAUACAAAAAUUAAUCACUUUAUUACAUAAAUUACAAUUUUAAUCCUACAAAGAUGCCUGAUUUUACAUUUAAUAAAAAAUAUUUCUACAUAUUUGACAGUUACCUUUUUACAGGUGUCAGGCCUUAAAAAAAGUUAUAUAAAAAAGUGCAAUACAUUUAGCCAUAAUACCAACUCUAUCCCCAAGCAGCUUAAAAUAAUCUGAAGGCUAUUGCUUUAUGACGUAAAACAAAAAUGGUUGUUCAAGGACAUUUACUACAGUCCAAAAGUCUAUGAAACCU